AGAGCGAGGGAGACAGAGCGAUCCUAUUGGCCGACCGUUGUAACAUCAACCGUGAUAGAAAUAUUUUCCUCGCAGACUGAGAAAUAGAGGAAGAGACAGCCACAGGCAUUAGACUCAGGAAACACAUCCAGGUCCGUUUUCAAAAUCUCUUGAAAGGAUCAAAAGAGAAGGGAUCUUUAGAAAGAACAAAAGAAAAAAGAAAAAAAAGGGCAAUAAAGGAGGGAAGAGAUGAUAGAAAGGUGGACUUAUUAACUUAUGGCUCCCGAGGGCUGUGGAGAUUUUUUACUUAAAAACAGGAGUGUUUUCAAAAUCAGCAUAAACGCGUCUCACCAUGUAGACGCUCUGCAGGUUUCUGGUUGAAUUUACUCCCCUCCUUUUUUUUUUUACCCCCCCUCCUUAGAACAAAAUUUACCCUGCGUGUCAGCAAAGACUAAUCUUAAUGUUUUUUGGAGAAAUCUGAGGGAUGCGUCUGACAGAAAGAUGCAGAGCGCAGAAGUCUGACAUGGUGCCGACCCAAAUUGACAGAGACGAGGAAAGAGUGGACUGUUCAGUGGCAGACACGUCUCCAACCAGACACAGGUAUUCUCUACUCGAUAUUAAGGUCAGUCCAAACAUUAAUCCAUGCUAACUGAAGCUCUCACAAGAAUUUUACUCUAAUCUUGUAUUUGUGGAUUUGUGUUGAUGCAUUUUUAACUAAUCUUUUAAUUUGAAACCGGAUUUCAGUAUUUGCUGAUGUAUACUUUACACAAUCACCAAGGCAACCAGUAACCUGCUUUGUCAAAACAUAACUGUUAAACGUGCAAAGCAAUAUCUUCAAUCCUAAGUGGGAGGUGAACAAAUUCAGUUUAGUAAUAAAAAAUAAGUUCAAACUGUGUCUGCAAAUAAUAACUCAUAGCUACUCUCAUGUGUUAAACAUGACUUUGAAAUAUGCGUCACUAAUGGUGUUCUGGAUCCAGAGCAACAGAUGAACCGAAAGCCAUACAACAAACUGCUGAACUGUCACAAGCCAUAAGCAUCUCAGACAACAACCGUUGCUGUUGUUUUUACUGUGCUUAGCAUCGACAAGAAUCCUGUGCUUCUGUUGUCAGCGUGUCAAUCAGACUCUCUGUGGUUUGUGUUACUGUGAGAGAGAGGGAGAGAGAGAAAGAAAAAAAAGAUGUGUAGGCUUUGUGUAAAGAAAAACUACAGGGAGGAGGAGGAGACAGACAUUUUGCCUGUCAGGGGCUGAAAAGAGGAGCCAAUAACAGACAACUGUGGCUGUGAACAGACAUAUAAGUGCUUCCUAAAUCACUAAGGAGCAGCCCUGCUGUCAGACGUACAAAAACGGACCAUGAGUGGACGCAGUGGAGCCACAGCUUGAUUAUUGAUUGUUGCUAAACCUGAGUACUUCACCCACCUGGACUAUAUAGACUCGGCUUGGCUCCGAGGGGGGGAACUCGCAAUAAGCUCCACUUCAGUGAGGAGAGGAGGGAGGAGAGUAACCUGUAGCCAGACAGAGGCAGAGGGCAAGGGAAGAACUUCCCUUUGUCUCUCUCGACCCAGCUCGUCGUCAGGCUGGCUGGAACAGCCAUGGCGUUCACCUUUGCGGCCUUCUGCUACAUGCUCACCCUGGUACUGUGCGCUGCUCUCAUCUUCUUUGUCAUAUGGCAGAUCAUCGCAUUUGAUGAGCUUCGCACUGACUUCAAGAACCCCAUUGAUCAGAGCAAUCCCACCAGAGCGAGGGAAAGGAUUCUCAACAUAGAAAGGAUCUGCAACCUGCUUCGCAGAUUGGUGGUCCCAGAGUACUCCAUCCAUGGACUCUUCUGCCUGAUGUUCAUGUGUGCUGGAGAGUGGGUCACACUUGGCCUAAAUAUCCCGCUCCUCUUCUACCAUCUGUGGAGGUUCUUUCAUCGGCCAGCUGACGGGUCAGAGGUCAUGUAUGAUCCUGUCAGCGUGAUGAACGCAGACAUUCUCAACUACUGUCAGAAGGAGUCCUGGUGUAAACUGGGCUUUUAUCUGCUGUCUUUCUUCUAUUAUCUCUACAGCAUGGUCUACGCCUUGGUGAGCUUCUAACAGACAGAGGUCUGAAGAAAUACAAGGACAUAUGUGUACUAAAGAGACAAAGGAGCAAGUGAAGACAUAAACUCAUCUUCUCUCCAUGUAUCCUGACUACUUCUGGUUUCUGGCCGUCUAACCUUGGACAAAACAAGAAGACCAAUCUGAGUGAAUGUGAAUGUAAAAUAGUUGCCUCUUUUCGAUUGUAUCGCUUCAUCCCAGAUACUCUUGUCGAAUGGCUGGACAAACUUUUGUAGGAUUGGCAUGAAACAGAAAGAGGAUGCAGGUGUUUGCGUUGCCUUUGACCCAUUGUACGAUCCAACAACAUUUCUGAAGGGCUGGAUUUUCCCCAUGCUGCUCUUACUGAUCCAGUCGCUCAACUCACUGUGAAUCUCCAAAAACACUUAGGGGCUGGUAAACAAAAUAACGAGUCUGUAUUCUCUGACGUAGAAAAUGUACUAAAAGCAGGAUUGUUUUGGUGUUAUUUCACUUAUUUAUUGGACCUUUAAGAACACAUCAUUGCUUUGAUUGUGUUACAGGUGCAUUAAAGAAAAGGGUAAAUGGUGCAGUAGAAUUUUGAAACACUGUAAGAAAUGCAGAAUGCCUGGCAAGGAAACUGAGUUGGUGUGUGCAUAGAUAUUUUUAUCUAGAUCUUAUCUAGGGUGGAGAUGAAGAAGAAUAGAGCCUAAGUCCUACCUUCACCAAAAGCAAGGUCAAACAUGACACUAUAACAAAAUAUCAAGGUGUUAACCAUCACUUAGACUUUUAACGUCAAUGCUUGCAGUGUGCAUUCAAAUAUGUAUGUCCACAGCUGUAAGGGUAUAUUUUAUACCACAUGCUAAGUUGAAGCUUUCCAGAGAGCUUUAUGCUCGGACAUAUAAAUGCCAAAAGUUUGCAUCUGAAAAAACAAUAUGCCGAAUUCAAAAUACAAUUGUCCAUGAGGGCAAGUGAAAAGGAAAAUGAUGAGACUAGACAGUGUUUCAUUUUUAAUUUCACUUCCUUUCAUGCAAAUUUGAUUUUGGCAACUUCGUUCUGUUGUAUUUCCUCGUGUGCAGGGAGCGCUUUAUUCCUAUUUCCAGUGGAGUUUACUCAUCCGCAUCUAUAUUAUAGUCAUUUUAGCUCAGCUACUUUUCUCUGAUCCGAGGUAGAAUAUAGUAAAAUCAUGUACAAAAAGCAAUUAACAACAGUAAACUAGCAAUGUAAUAUGAUUCACGAGACAUAUCGAUCAAGUGUUAUUCAGUGUUUGUUAUAAGAAUAGGCAGGACACAAGUGAUGAGACAAUAAUGACACUUUGACAAUGUUUUCAGUUGUUUAAGACGUGUAAAGACAGUGAAGUCGUCUCAGUUCAUCUACAAUCAGGCAGUUUCAUCAGGGACCGACGUAAGACGCUGAUGUUACUUGUGACCAAGAUUUGUAAACAGCAAGGCCUUUCCUCAGCAGGUGCUGCCUUCACUGUUGGUGUGUUCAUUAGUUUGAUCUAUUUGUAGAUAAGUCAUGGUUCAAAUAUGUGAUUGGAGUAGAAAAUCAGAAACUGGUAGCCUGAAAGUAAACUGUGAUGUCUGUCAUACGCCAGCUUCACAUGCAGUAAAUGAUGGUGGAGACACAUGUAUUAGAUGAACUGGGGUUCUUGAAUAAGAAAAAAAUGUCUUGACUGCUACUGCCUCUUAAAGUCGUUGUCAGAAGCAUUCAUACGGAACACACUAUUAGUAUCACUUUGCAGUACACAUUGUGUGCCAGCAAUAUUCAAAACAGUAAACUACACUUUCUCUGGAGGAAUGUAUUAAUAUUGAUAUUAGUGGAAUAUGAGUAUACAGUACAUGACGCUGACAUAUCCAGGAACUUUGGCAUGUACCUGGGAAAUCAAUCAUCUCCAUUGACAUCACUAAAAGAUACCAGCACAAAACAGACCAAUAGAAAACCAACAGAAUUAAAUUAGGUUGUAAAUGACCCAAAGACACGGUGCCAAAUGAAUAUACUCCGUUCAACUUACAGUUUUCAACUGGGGAACCUUUGGUCCAUGUGCAUCUUGCCUAAAUGUUGAUGCUAGCCGUGUACCCUUCACAUCCCAGUGACACAGUCCCCAGUAGGACAAUGCAGCCUGCCAAGCCACAAAAAAAAAAUGGCUUCAGUAACAGCUCAAAAAAUGUGAAAAACUGCACUGGUCUCCAAACCCCCGGAUACCAAAUGCAUUAACAAUCUACGGGAUGCGCUGGGGAAAGCCUGAUCCCAGAGACGCUGAAGGAGUGUCCAUUCCCCGAUGAGUCAGAGCUGUUUUGUAAGCAGAACUACACAAUACUAGGCUUUUAAUGCUGUGGCUGAUCGGUCUAUGUCCUCUCUACCUACCACGCGCCAUGAAAGAUACAUAGCAACGACCCACUCUUUUGACCUACCUUUAGUAAUGUCCCUUUGGUCUUCCAGGAUCAAGCUGGUAUAAUAGUCCCACUCACUGUCCACACAUCCUACAAGGACAGUGUGAAAUAUUCUACUUCCUAGUCCUCCUCAACAAAUUGUACUCUUGCUCUUGCUGAAAACUGACCUAGCUACAUUACAGUCUAUGCCUUAACUUCGCCAAUCUUGGCCUGAGCCCCAAAUAUUUACUGCUAGUAGCCAACAAGGAGCAUGGUCCCCACUACAAACUAUUCUGGCCAACAGCCGCUGUCCUGCUCAGUGUUGUGGCCAAUGUUAUUGUUGCUUACAUCAAAUACAUAUAAGGAGAAAUUAUUUGUCUUAGUUGCGCUACAUGCUAAAGUAACACAAGUGACCGCCUUUGUUGGUGAGAAGACCUCAUCCUUUCUUGUCUGUAAAUCCAUUCCAACUAUGGCCAGAGGCAAGCUUUUUUGGAUUUGUUGGUGCAAAUAACUACACAGCAAUCCUUCAGAAAAAAACACUUGUAUUAUUAAUUCAUUAUUUUUUAUUUAUUUAUGGCAGCCCACACCGGAUGAUGUAAAAGGAAAGACGCUGGUAGUUCUACAUUUCUGUCCACAAAUCCUAUGAAACCACUAAAAUGUGUGUCAUUGUGUAUGCUGAUCCUUUCUGACUUACCAGCCCUGUGUGUGGCACUCAGGCCCCAGGCAAUUUGAUUAUACUUUAGAUAUAAAUCUUUAAAAACAUCUCACAAAUGCAAUGCAUUAUUACAAAGGCUCAUUUCCCAGAACGCCUGGGCGCUGUAGUUUUCAGAAAAUGUAAUUCAAACUGAAAUAGAAACACUGACCUAAUACACAUUCCAUGGCAGCAGCGCAAUGUGUGUGUGUGUGUGACUUAGUCAAAUAAACGACAGUGCCAUAAUCACUAGGAAGAUACAUGCCACCCGGUGCAACAGUGGUCCUUACCGAUGUGCUUCAAGUAGCUCGACGGAGGGUUGAUAUAUGUUCGGCUUGUGCCACACAGGGAACAGCAGGGAUCAAUUCACUGUUGGACUGUGUUCUUUUCAUAUAAUCUGUUGACAAUAUGAAAAAUAUAAAAUAUCACCAGACUUGUAAUUUAAAUAAAAUUGGUAUUCCCAAUAUACAACUGUUCUAAAUUCACUUACACUGGCUCCUUCGUACCACACAUUACAUAUGCUUUAUACUUUCUUGUAUCAAAUUAAAUUGCCACAUAAUAGCUUCACUGCAGGAUACUUUCAAGCCUAUUACCCUGUAUCAAUGUGUGAUAGAACAUUCUUGACUGUGACAGGAAUGGACUGCUACCACUUCAAAGCUCUGUGGCAGAGCUUCGCCAAUUACACACACUUCUAUCACCAAUCUUAAUCCAUUUCAUAGAGCGAGCUACUCAAAGUGGUUGUGUGAUUUGAAUUUCAACCACUGAAGCAACUUUAUUAGUCUGUCAGUGUUUGAAGACAGUACAUGUUGUGCCAAAUGGCGUUCCCUUGAAAGUAAUCACAGGACAGUGAGACCUAAAAACGACAGUGUGUGUGUGUGUGUGUGUGUUGGGUCUGAACAAUCACUAUUAAAGCACAGGAGCAUGAGGAAAGGAGGAGAAAAACAACUUGGUUGAAUGUCAUUAUGUAGUUGUUCUGAAAAAAAAAGCAUUUUAGAAAGUUGUAUUUAAGUAUAUCUAUUUGUAUGUGUCUUUUAUACAUUUCUCAUCAACGUAUGCUACAGUAGAAUUUGGUGGGUUACUUUAUAUUUAUUAGGUUACACUCUGAUGUACAGCUAUUCACAUGCCGUAUUCUAAUAAAACAAUAAUGCCAAAA